GCAACUUUGCAACAGUGGAAAGACACAGGUGCUAUAUGAAUAUAUAUAUAUAUAUGUAUUAGAUAUAGAUGCAUAUUAGACAAAGAUUCUCCCUUUUGCCUUUUUCUUAUUCAUGCAACUUUUUUUUCUUAACAAUCUGCCCACACUCUUCUUCUCUGCUGCUUUAAUUUGCUUGUAGAAUGUAGAUACCACCAUUACCAGCAAUCCAAUGCCUCCUGCCUUAAGUUUUCUUAUAUUCCCCAACAAAGACACCUUUGUUUUCGUCCCUCUUCUCACUUCUGUGCAAGGAACCUAUGAUUCUUCACACUUUAUUAUAUAUAUACAUCAUGUAAGGUUUGGGCAGAGGAUGAAGGUAGUUAGUUACUUCAUCCACCAGACACCGUUCCUCCUUCGAUAUAUCUGGUCUUUAGGUUUACUAGAAGAAGAAGAUGGUUGUGUAUGCAAGAAUACUAUGGCAUCCAACAACAUUAUCUAUCCUCUGCCUUCUACUGGUCUCAUCAGGUAUAGGCAAUGGAGACCAGCCACCCUUGGAACAAAUCCAAGGAGAUGGAAAACUGGAUUAUGAAGAAGACCAAAUGUUAUUUCCAUUUCUCCCGGAGACGACAACCCAGAGAGACACUAAUCCCGGAAAUGUUCCUAUUGUGAAUCCGACAACACCAGGUACAACUCCUAUAGUUAAUCCAACCGGUCCAUCACCACCGGCUCCAACAGGACCAACAACAAAACCGACACCUCCAGCACUACCCGGCGGAGGAGUAGCACCUGGUGGGGGAACGGGAGGCGGGAGUUGGUGCAUUGCAAAUCCCACUGCAUCCCCGACUGCUCUACAGGUGGCUCUGGAUUAUGCAUGUGGCUAUGGAGGAGCAGACUGUUCGGCAAUUCAACCGAACGGUGCCUGCUAUGAUCCGAAUACAGUUCGUGAUCAUGCUUCCUAUGCUUUCAAUAAUUACUACCAGAAAAACCCUGCCCCGACUAGCUGUGAUUUCGGAGGGACAGCACAGCUGAGUUACAAUGAUCCGAGUCAUGGGAACUGUCGAUACGCCUCACCCACAAGCACUCCAACAAUGCCUCCACCAACAACUACUAUGACGCCAACAAUUCCAAUGACACCACCCAGCACAUCUAUGGGAAAUCCCUACCCAACUGGAGGAAAUGGUUUUGGUUCAGAACCAACAGGCUAUGAUUAUGGUGCUGAACCUACAGCUACCCCAAAUUCAGUAGACAAUGUGUCACUCAACCUGCUGCUACUCAUCACCAUGAACUGCAUCAUUUUUUCAGCUACAUUAGUCAACAAUAACUGAUAUGUGGAGAUAAAUUCGGUUUUCAUCUCCCAUAUGAUGAGAAACCAGAUACUUGGUAGCUUCAAAGCUAUGCAAAAUUUUGAGGCAGAGAUACACUGCAAGACACUACUCUAAAGGCCAUACACAUACAUAUUGCAUCACUCAUAGUAGUUUAUUGUAGUUAUACUUUUUAAGUUAAAUAAGAAUUUCCAGACAAGGAAUAGCUGAUUUAGGAUAGUUGUAGUGAACGAAUGUUAGUACAUUCAUAAGCAGAUACAUGUUACCUAUUCCCUCAUAAUACAAUCACUAAUUUAUCAAGCAAUGUAAAUGCAACAUGUGCAUGAAUUAAUCCAACAUAUCAGCUAAUCAAUAUAAAUGUGCACCUAUGUAAAUUUCUGAUUUAAAACCA